UCCGUGCGAGAUGUGCCGACGGAGCUCGGAGCCUAAAAGGCAGCAGGACACCGAGCACAAUGAAUAACCACAAGAAGAGGAAUCUAACUUUUUUCACCAUUGGGCUGAUAUUCAUGCUGAGCGGCAUUGAGUACGCCGUCAUCCUGCCCACCGUAUGGACCUAUCUGCAGAUUCUGGAGGCCCCUCCCUACUUCCUGGGCCUGGGUCUGUCUGCUUUCAGCCUGGCCGGGCUGCUCGCCGACCCGCUCUUUGGGUUCUGGUCGGACAGGAGUAAGAAAACAAAGUCCAUCGUUCUUUUUGCCAAUCUGUUCGAGAUUGCAGGCAACUUCCUGUAUUUUAUUGGAUACUCGAAGUGGCUGUUGUUAUGCAGCCGGCUCGUAGCAGGUGUCGGAGCAGGAGCGGGCUCCUCCAUCUUCGGUUUCCUGACCCGGAGCACUCGGCCCGAGGAGCGCUCCGGCAUCUUCGCCGCCAUCAUGGCCUGUCGGCAGGCCGGCCUGCUUCUCGGGCCGGCGCUCAACCUGUUCCUGCGGCUGUGUGAUUUCAAACUGGGGCCCUUUGCCGUGAACAAGUACACGUCUCCCGGGAUCUUCAUGUGCCUGCUGUGGGUGCUGCUCCAGUUCGUGGUUCUGGCCCUGUACUGGGACUCGCCCCCCAUCAGCUCUGAAGGAGGAGCGGGGGCGAUGGAGAUGAAGCGGGGCCGACGCGGCGACGAGGAGGAGGAGGAGGAGGCGCCGCUGGUGGGGUCCGACGAGGAGCCGGCGCAUGCGUACCGCGCCGUCGGGUCGAGCCAAUCGGAGAGCUCGGCCUCGCCGGAAACGCGGCCCGUCCGCCGCUCCUCCGAGGCGUCGAACCCGUUCAAGCGCUUCAGCGCCAGCAGAGAGUUUCUCAGGGAGGAGGUUGUUGUUCUCCUCACAGCUCAGUUCAUCACUCUCUUCAAUCAGACGGCGCUGGAGACCAUGGUGACGCCCGUGACGCAGCGCUACUUCGGCUUCGGCGAGCUGGGCAACAGCCUGAUGUACAGCCUGUGCGGCGUGGAGGUCAUCCUGGGCUUCUUCUUCGUGCGCUGGCUGAGCGGCAGGGCGGCGGACCGCGCCGUGCUGGCCGCGGGCCUGCUCAUCUGCUCCGCGGCCUGCGUCUGGUGCCUGCUCUUCCUCUGCGACCCCCGAGGUGGUUACAGGUGGGAGCUGGCCGCCUUCGUCGUCGGCGUCUUCCUGCAGCUGCUGGGACUUCCCUUCGUGGCCGUGUCUCAGGUGUCCCUCUUCUCCAAAGUCACGGCGGAGAAAACACAAGGAUUCAGCCAAGGCGUCAGACGCUCGGUGGGGGGUCUCGCCACCAUCCUGGGUCCUCUGUGGGCCGGAGGCCUGACCGCUAAUUUGUACAUAAUGCUGGGCUUGAUGCUGGCUCUCCUCCUGAUGAUAACAGUGAUGACGGCGCUGUCCUACGAGCGGCUGACGGAGCCCAGGGCCGUGCAGAGCGCCCAGAGCUGCGACAGCGGGGGGUAGCAGCGGUCACCGAGGCUGGAGACGGAGGGAGGGAGGGAGGGCCCUUCAUCAGCCCAUACCCGCCGGGUGAAGAGGAAAGUGUCGGAGUGUGGAAUAAAAGCUGUUCUGAUAACGUACCGCGCCUCACAAGCUGCAGCUCAGUCCCAGUCAAACACAAUGCUUUAAACCCCCCCAUCUCCAUCUGUCUAUUAAUUAAAUGCUACACAAGGGGGCACCAUUGCUCUCAUAUUGAAUAUUCAGAGGCUAAGUGAAGAUGAAAGCCAUUAUUUUUAAACUGAACUAUUUAUAUUCCCAGGUGUUGAUGAAAAGAUAAACUGAGCAGGUUUAUUCCAUGUGACCCACAAUUUCUCGUUUCCCGUCUCACUUCCUUUAUUCGCUCAAAAAAAAAAAGAAACACACACACACACACACACACACACACACACA